CCCAAAUUUUCCGAGAAGCCCAGUAAAAUCCUACGCCCCAAUUACCCCAAAAUCCCUUCUCUAGUGUGAUCUUAAAAAAUCUCUCCUUUCACCAUCUUUUAUUGUCUUGUGAUUCAGCUUCUGCUUUUUCAGGGCGCAGCUUUGGCCUCGCGCUUGGUUGUACCAGUACCAAAAAAAGCUACAUAGAAAAGAGAAACAGUGGGGAGAGAGAGAGAGUGUUGUGUGUGAGAGGAGAGGAGGGAGAGAGAGAGAGAGGGGGUGUUGCGAAAAUGGGUUGAGAGUGGAUGAGAAAAGCGGCUGGGGAUCUACUAUCGCAGCUGCUUUUGAGAACCCACUUCGUAUUUUGGCCUAUGGUCCAUUACUAAUCAGAGUAGCACCUACAAGACAUUUCUUUCACUGUUAGCAACCAGUUUUGCCUAUCUGUUUAGAUUGUGUGUAGAUUCUAUUUAGCUCUCCUUCUGGCUUGGAUCUAUAACUUAGUUCAUAAUUGGUACCAAACCUGUGCCAUCUCAAAUCCGAAAGAGGCAGAUUCGUUUUACUUUAUUGGAUUGAUGGCGACUUUGUCACAUGCUGAAUCAAGGCGGCUGUACUCAUGGUGGUGGGACAGUCAUAUCAGCCCGAAGAAUUCCAAGUGGCUUCAGGACAAUCUUACAGAUAUGGACAUGAAGGUCAAAGGAAUGAUCAAACUCAUAGAAGAAGAUGCUGAUUCGUUUGCAAGAAGAGCGGAGAUGUACUAUAAGAAACGUCCCGAGCUUAUGAAAUUGGUGGAGGAAUUUUAUCGUGCAUACCGCGCUUUAGCAGAGCGGUACGACCAUGCCACAGGGGCGCUUCGUCAGGCUCAUAGAACCAUAGCCUCUGUUGCUGAACAAUUCCCAAACCAGAUUCCUCUAGUAUUAUCUGAUGAAUCGCCAACUAGUUCUUCUGGGCUUGAAAUUGAACCUCACACUCCUGAAAUGGCCGCACCAGUUCGUACACUUUUUGAUCACGACGAAGUACAAAAAGAUGCAUCAUCGCCACAAUUGCAUGUUGUUAAGAGGAAUGGGGCUUAUUCCGAGGAAAAGGGGCUGAAACAGUUGAAUGAUAUGCUCUCGACUGAUGAAGGGAGAGUGAGAAAAGGCCUCAACUUUCAAGGUGAAGAGAAAACAAUUAAGUUGAAAGAGAAAGACGAUUCAAAUAAUGAGAUAAAGAGUUUGCAAGAAGAAGUAUCUCGUUUGAAAGAUCAGAUAACCUCAGAAUCUCACAGGGCAAAUAAGGCUGCGAGUGAAAUCCAAAGCCUUAAGGAGGCCCUUGAACACUUAAACUCUGAGAAAGAGGCAGCUGUUGUUAAUUAUCAGGCAUGUAUUGAGAGAUUAUCCACUGUCGAACAUCAACUCUCCAAUUCAGAGAGUGAACUUAAGAAGCUUACUGAUGAUAUGGCAAGGGAAAUCGAGAAGCUAAAUAGCAUUGAAGAGCUCAACCAAACUCUACAAUUGCAGAAAGAUAUCUUAGAAGAGAUAGUAAAGGCGAAGGAGAAAGAACUGGAGCAAAAGCAAGAGGAGAUGGAGAACCUCCAGAACAGCCUACAAGAUGAGCGCGAGCAACGCAUUCAAGCUGAGCAGGCUUUUCGAUGUAUGGAAGAUCUGCACACCAAAUCCCAAGAAGAACUGAAAAAAUUGGUUGUAGAGAUUCAGAAAGUGAGGGAGAAGUUGAAUGAGUUGGAGCGGAACAAGUUGGAUUUAGAAAUGACAGUUUGCAAGCUUAAGGAGGAAAUUGACAGACUAAAUGAACAAAAUCUCACCUCGCAGCGCAUCAUAAAAGAUCUGCAUAACGAGAUGAACUUAUUGAAGGAAGCAAAGGAGAAGCUUGAAAAUGAGGUGGGAUUCCAUUUAGAAGAAAAAGAAACUCUUCAGAAAGACCUAUAUCAGAGGAAAGAAGAAAUUGAGAGACUAAAUAGGCAAAUUAUCUCCUCUGAGCUUAUGAUGAAGGAUUUUCAUAAUGACGCAAAUUCUCUGAAGGAAGCAAAGGAGAAGCUCGAAAAUGAUGUAGGGUUCCAUUUAGAAGAAAAAGAAGCUCUUCAGAAAGACCUUAGUCGGCACAAAGAAGAAAUCGAGAGAUUAAACAAACGUUCUCUCUCCUCUGAGCUUGUGAUAAAGGAUCUUCAUAAUGACAUAAAUUUGUUGUUGGAGGUGAAGGGGAAACUCGAAAAUGAUGUAGGGUUCCAUGUGGAAGAAAAAGAAGCUCUUCAGAAAGACCUUAGUUGGCACAAAGAAGAAACCAACAGAUUAAAUGAACACAAUCUCUCCUACGAGAUUACGAUAAAGGAUCUUCAUAAUGACCUAAACUCGUUGAAGGAGGCAAAGGAGAAGCUUGAAAAUGAUGUAGGGUUCCACGUAGAAGAAAAGGAAGCUCUUCGGAAAGACCUUAGUUGGCACAAAGAAGAAAUCAACAGAUUAAAUGAACACAAUCUCUCCUCCGAGCUUGUGAUAAAGGAUCUUCAUAAUGAUCUAAACUCGUUGAAGGAGGCGAAGGAGAAGCUUGAAAAUGAUGUAGGGUUCCAUGUUGAAGAAAAAGAAACUCUUCACAAUGACCUUAGUCGGCACAAAGAAGAAAUCGACAGAUUAAAUGAACAGAACCUCUCCUCCGAGCUUAUGAUAAAGGGUCUUCAUAAUGACGUAAACUCGUUGAAGGAGGCAAAGGAAAAGCUUGAAAAUGAUGUACGGUUUCAUGUAGAAGAAAAGGAACCUCUUUGGAAAGACCUUAGUUGGCACAAAGAAGAAAUCAACAGAUUAAAUAAACACAAUCUCUCCUCCGAGCUUAUGAUAAAGGAUCUUCAUAAUGACCUAAACUCGUUGAUGGAGGCAAAGGAGAAACUUGAAAAUGAUGUAGGGUUCCAUGUUGAAGAAAAAGAAACUCUUCAGAAAGACCUCAGUCGGCACAAAGAAGAAAUUGACAGAUUAAAUGAACACAACCUCUCCUCUGAGCUUAUGAUAAAGGAUCUUCAUAAUGAUGUAAACUCGUUGAAGGAGGCAAAGGAGAAGUUUGAAAGUGAUUUAAGGUUCCAUGUAGAAGAAAAGGAAGCUCUUCAGAAAGACCUUAUUCAGCGUAAAGAAGAAAUUGAUAGAUUAAAUGAGCACAUUCUUUCUUCUGAGCUCAGGAUAAAGGAUUUCCAAAAGGACAUAAAUUCGUUAAGGGAAGCAAAGGAAAGGCUCGAAGAUGAUGUAGGGUUGUAUUUAGAAGAAAAAGCAGCUCUUCAGAAAGACCUUAAUCAGAAAAAAGAAGAAAUCGAUGGCCUAAAGGAACAAAAUCUCUCCUCUGUGCACAUGAGAGAAGAUCUCCAUAACGAAAUAAAUUUAUUGAAGGAAACAAAGGAGAAGCUCGAAAGUGAAGUGGGGUUCCAUUUAGGAGAAAAAGCUGUUCUUCAGGAAGACCUUAAUCGGCACAAAGAAGAAAUUUAUGGCCUAAAUGAACAAAAUCUCUCCUCUGUGAGCUUGAUAAAAGAUCUCCAUAACGAAAUAAAUUUAUUGAAGCAAGCAAAGGAGAAGCUCGAAAAUGAAGUGGGGUUCCAUUUAGGUGAAAAGGAAGCUCUUCAGAAAGACCUUACUAGGCAUAAAGAAGAGAGAAAUGAUCUAGAACAGAAACAUAAAAAUCUAGCGGGGGAGGUUGAGGGGUUCAGAAAUAAUUUACAGACAGUCCAGGUUUUAGUUAAAGAGUUGCAGAGUGAAAAUAUGGAACUGAAAGAGACAUGCAGCAAAUAUGAGAUUGAAAAUGGCGUCCUGGUAGAAAAGGUGAAAGAUAUGGAGGAAGUUUCUGAAAAGAGUGCAGUAUUAGAAAACUCUCUUUCAGAUGCCAAUGCUGAAUUAGAAACCUUGAGAGAGCAGAUAACGUCACUGGACGCUUCUAGAAACUCCCUCAGCGAAGAAAUUUCCACACACAUAUCCGAGAAAGCUGUUCUGGUUUCCCAGGUAGAGACCCUUCACCGGAAUAUUGCUGAGGUUUCAGAAAAAAUUUCCUUCUUGGAAAAUUCAUUAUCUGAUGCCAACGCUGAACUUGAGUGUUUGAGAGAAAAGUUGAAAGACUCUGAAGAAUCUGGCCAGUCUCUUCUUACUCAGAACUCCAGUUUGCUUGCUGAAAAGAAUAAUCUUGUCUCCCAGGUGGAAAGCAUAACACUGCUUCUGCAAAAUAUGGAGAGUAGGCACGCAGAACUAGAAGACAAGCACUCAUCUUUAUCGAGGGAGAAAGAUCUCACACAUAAUCACGUGAAGGAGUUGCAAGAUCUAUUGGAUGUUAAAAAUAAGGAACACGAAACUGUCAUCGAAUCACGUCAGAUGAAAUUGGUAGCUUUAGAAAACCAGAUUCAUUCGCUGGAAGAAAAGAACCAAUCUACACAGGAGAAGCUCGAAGAGGAGCAGCUGAAAUAUAUGGGUGCUUCGAUGAACAUACUUGUCUUGGAAAGAAAUUUGGUAGAUGUGAAAGAGAACAACUCAACUCUUCUUGCAGAAUGUCAGAAGUACCUGGUGUCAUCUCAACUUGCAGAGAAGCUAGUUUCACAAUUCAAGCAGGAAAUUUUAAAUAAAGAAAAAGAGAUAAGAUCGCUGUCGCAGCAUAAUGAGAAGCUGAGAGAAGGGGUUAAUCUGCUUGCAAGUACACUUAAUAUUAACGAAAAGUUGGGAUCUUCAGAAAGAGUUGAAGAUGAAGUUCUCUUGAAAACGAUCUGGUCUGAGACAGGCAACAUAAUGAAUUUAAUGGCGGAUACGGAGGAUGAAAACCAAUUUAUGAAUACUGAGAUAUCAGUUCUUGCCACACUUCUAAGGCAGAUAGGACUCGAUUUGUCUGAACUCAGAUCACAAAAAUGCAUUCUUAAGUGUGAACUUGAGACCAAGGUUAAGGAAAUUGUUGCUUUGGAGAAAAAGAAUCAUGAAAUCUUAGGGUUAAAUGAACAACUACGGAAAGGCAUUGAAACAGGCGACAAAAGGGCAGAGGCAUUGAAGAGUGAGAUGGAGGUUUUAAGUGGAAAGCUAUUGAAUUUGAAGGAAGCUUACUUGACAUCACAGGGUGAGAUUGCCAACUUGAUUGAGAAGAAUGAAUCUAUUUCAAAAGAAUUACAGACUUUGAUCGAGAAACACAAUGAGCUGCAAGAGGAAAGCAGUUCUAUCUUUGCCGAGCGUAUGAGGCUGGAAAAUUUGUAUUUGUUCUUCAGUAGUCUUAGUGAUGAAAGAGCAUCACAAUUGACUUUAACGAGCGAUCAGAUUGAUUCUCUUCAUUUGGUUAAAAACGAACUCGAGAAGGGAAUCAGAGGAUUGAGCAGCAGGACAGAAGUGCUAGAGUCAGAAAAUAAGCACCUGAAGGAUUCUAUGAUUUACUUGGAGGAGCUCAAGACUCGCUUAGUGAGUUUAGAGUUUGAUUUGAACACUACGAGGAACUUUUAUGAAGAGUUGAACCUUGAAAUUGAAGAUGGGCUGAGCCUACUGAUUGAGAAGGACAGAGAGUUAUCAGAAGAGGGUAAGAAAGUUCAAGCCUUGCAAGAAAAUCACAUGGAUCUUUGCAAAGUUGUUGACGCACUUCAGCUUGAUAUUGAAGGUGCCAAGCUGGUGAAAGAAGAGCUAGAAAAGAAAACCUCUACUUUAUCUGAGGGGAAUGCCUAUAAAGAUAAUGAGAUUGCUCGCCUGCAACAAGCAAAUGAGACUCUUCAAGGAGAAAUUGAUAGAUUGGUGAAAGAGGUCGGGACUCUUAGAAGGAGGGAAGAGGAUCUGACCUAUGAACUGCAGCAAGAAAGAGAUGAGGUCGAGCAGUGUGAAAGAGAUAUUGUAGUAUUAUUGAGUGAUAUUAUAAAGUCUUCAGUUAAUUCCACGGUGUAUAAAGAGAAAGUGCUUGAGUUAAUAAUAGAAGGUGAGGGCCUCGAGAUAAGUGCUCUAACCCAAAAAGAGAUCCUAAAGGAGGAAAUUUCUUUGAGAAAUGAGUAUGUCGAUAUCUUGGAGAGAAAGCUUUCUCAUAAUGAAGGAGAAAAUUCGGAACUGAAGGCCGAGUUGAAUGCUUAUCUAUCCCUUGUACCAUUGUUGUCGCAUCACAUUUCUUCUCUAGAAGAGCAUGCUUUUUCACUGUCAAAUCUUUGCACCUCAAAAGGCAAACAGAGCAUCUCUUUGGCAUGUGAUGAUGAGAAAGGUCAACUUGACGAAGACCAUCAAGCCACUAUGCAGUCAGGAGCUCUAGAGUUGCAAAAGCUUAUCACCAAAGUAGAAGCAGUUCAAAAGGUGAUUAUGGACAGUAGGAAUACCUUAGAGCAAGAACAAUAUGAUACCACUGUUCUCUUGGCAUCUGCUAAAAAGGAAAUUGAAGAAUUUAAAGCAAGUAAAGAUGAUAAAUUGCAAAAAGAUGAAGCUGAGAGCUCCAAACUCAAGCAAGGGCAAGUGAUGAAAGAUAUUGAGCUCGAUCAGGUAUCGAGUUCUUCCCCAUACAAUAGUGGAAAAGGCCUAUACAAUCUGAGCCAGAACGAAUAUGCCGAACUCGAAGAACAAAUGCUUCAACUUUGGGAAACUGCUGAAAGGGACUGCAACAACCAAUUGGUAAAGCCAUCAUCAGCUGCUUCUGAGCAUGAUAUAGAAGCUGUGAAGGAAGUGAAGAGUGAACACUCUUCUUCAGAAUUAGCAGCAGAAAAGGAAGUGGGUGUCGACAAGCUAGAAAUACCACAAGGGGCUUCAGAAUCCCAAGAACAACGGGGCAAAAAGGUCCUUGAAAAGCUAUCAUCUGAUGGUCAGAGGUUAUCAGUACUUCGAGCAGGCAUUGAGGAGUUGAAGAGGAAAAUGGGGAACUCUCGAAAUGGAAAGCUCCCUACAAGCUUUGAGUACAAUUCUAUCAAAGCCCGGUUGGAUAAAACUGAGGAAGCUGUCUUGGAGCUGAUCGAUAUGAACAGCAGGUUGACAAAGAGUGUGGACUACUAUUCUAAAUCAUCUGAUGGUAUAGCUGAGGAAGAAGAGGAAGAAGCGGGCUUUGUAAGCAGAAGAAAGAUCGCUGAGCAGACUCAAAGAGGAUCAGAAAAGAUUGGAAAGUUGGAAUUGGAUCUUCAAAAGAUUCAAUACAUCUUUCUGAAACUUGAGGAAGAGCACGACAACCGAAGAAUCGAAGUGCCUGAUAAAAGAACUCGCAUCCUUCUAAGGGAUUAUCUCUAUGGAAGGAAAGACGGCAGGAGACAGAAGAAAGGGCCAUUCUGUGGGUGCAUGAGGCCGAAAACUAAGGGUGACUACUACUAAUCUUUUUUGUGUUCGGUUAUGCAACUCGCCUCACAGUUGUAAGCAAAUAGUAGUUUAUAGCUGAGAUGUUUCUCGUUAAGAUUUCAUGCUUCGGCAUUUUAUCUGUUUAAGAGAAGCUGUAUAUGUUAGGCCCGAGAAACUUAGAAUAAGCUCAUUCGGUGAAGAUUCAUUUUUCACUUUCUGUUUAAUUUUCGCUCUUAUAAUGCUAUGGCAUUUUCUAGGAAGCAAUCUAAGUUAAU